AUGGAGCUUGCUGGGGACGCCCCACAAGACUAUCACGAACUUCUCGUGGCAGAGCCAAAUCGAUCGUCGGAGGAAGGAAGCCGAACACAGGCUGCUCAAGAUGAUAUCAUCCGGCGAGAACAAGAAGAGCUGGAAGCCUUGUUUGAGCCUAUCCGCAGGUUACAAGACGCAUGGAACAGGGAAGACGACCUCGUUAUCCACCAAGAGCCAGAGAUGGCACAAUCAUUUGCAGCACAGAGAGAAAGGGAAGGAAACAGGGUGAUACACGAAAGCCAGAGACAUAUGCAUGCCAAAAUACAGGCAGAAGACGCUCGUCAAUUAGACGAGGACGCGAAGCUUGCUCGAGCUUUAUUCGAGAUCGAGAACGAGGUGCGAGCGUCGCCAGAAGGGUAUGGACACCAAUCGACCUGGACAGACGAGUUGAUGGGUUCGGGGAGCCAAUGGUCAUUGGGCCCAUUACUGCCACGGCGCCGCAGGACGGGGACAAGCCCUUUCCAAUGGCUCAAAAGAGCACUGGGUCUUGCGACAAACCAAUCGGCAGUCCCGGUCUCGGCUGGUAUCUCUCAUCCGCAUCAGAAUAUCCUGGUACCAAACGAGCCAAACAGUAUUCGAUCUUCGCCACCUCGAGAUGCUAACCCAGUAAAAGGGAUAGGCACAAUCAGAAGCUCUGGUGGUGUUGAAAGUGCGCGUGAGAAGCGAGAAAGGCAAAGGUCGUCAACAGCAGACCGAGACGCUAUCUCUAUCGGUCUGAGUGUGACAGAAGAUGUGCAGGAUGCAUGGAAACACGACCCUCGGAAGAACGAAAGUUCUGCGCGCCAUGCUAAAGAAGCUGGUGCCACGGAACAACGAGCAUCUGCAGGGCUGGGGCGUCCCCACCGCAAGGAAUGGCAGCAACGCCGUGCAGGCCAAAAAGGACAAGAGGAGCAAACGAGGACGCGUGCGGCCAGGCCGGUUGAGUGCACCGCCUGUACCGAGCCCGUCCCCAGGAAGCAAACGUGCCGGUUAGGAUGCAAGCACCGUUACUGUCAAACCUGUCUGGAGACAGCCAUUCAGAUGGCAGUAAAGGACAAGAAGGCCUUCCGAUGUUGCAGCGUGCAGGUCGAGCCAGAUGUCGUUUCUCGAUGGCUUCCAGCAGAAGUCCAGAGCGCGUACAAAGCCGAGAUGCUCGGCUUUCAUCCCUUCGGCCAACUAUGUCGGCGAGACGGCUCUGUGCCCCCGCUGCUCGAGCGUGACCUGUCGACUGUGCAAGAAGAAGGCGCACGCAGGAAAUAUUUGCGAGCAAGACACCGCGGGCCAAGCGCUACUGAGCUUGAGCGAGACCCGGAAGUGGAUGCGGUGUCCGCAUUGCAAGACCAUGGUGGAGCGGAUCUCGGGAUGUCUCCAUAUGACUUGUCGGUGCGGGACGGAAUUCUGCUACAACUGUGGGAAAGCGAGAUGGCGGUGUCGCGGGGCAAAGUGUACUCGGAGGUGAUUCAGGCCAUCAGCUUCGGGAACAUUUGGCACUAUGGCCAGUCAUCGGCAGCAGUGUCUCUUAGAGGGUAA